AUAUUUAAGGACAAGUCUGUUGCCAUCAACCUUGAAACUGGUCUCAGUGACAAGCUUGUUAAGAUGAUCAGGUCGCAUCAUAGCAUUGGGCAGAAACUUGCUGUUGGAAGAAGUGACUACAAAAGGAUCAUUGAAGCAAAAUUGAAAAUACACUGUCUGUUUGAUGAACCCGUGAUGGAAUUGAUGUGGGGCCUGAAGAACAUAAUGAAGAGUUUAGUGCCCACUGAAACAUGUGAGCUGACUACGGAGGACCGCGGCCAUAUGAGUAAAGGAAUGCAAUUGAUCCUGAAUAAGUAUGGCUUCAAGGUGGAGCCAGAGAUGGUUGAUGAAGAUCUUAUCACUAUAGCAACUGCUUUGUACGAGUCUGACUACUGCGUGAAUAGGUUUGCUGAGUUCUUGCACCGUGGUGGUAAAUAUCUUAAGGAGGUAUCUGGUAUUGAUUGUCAGAAUUUGGAUCUACAAAAACUUGCUACUGCCCUUAAAUUACUAUCUUACCCGAAAGAGAAAAUCGAAACUGGCACUUCUAAUGAGAUGUUGUCGGAAGAUAUGGCAAGUACAUUGGUGGAUCAAGCACACAUGUAUGAACGUAAGCUCCAUAAGGGGACAUGCUUGAAUAUCUACAGGAUAUCCUGUUUUCCCGUGCUGUUAGGAGUAGGGCGCUGGUGUCCUUGAAGGCCAAAGCCAUGGGUUAGAAGAAGAGUCACGUCAACAUUGUGGUCAUUGGCCACGUCAACUCUGGCAAGUCGACCACCACUGGCCACCUGAUCUACAAGCUUGGAAGUAUUGACAAGCAUGUGAUGCAGAGGCUUGAGAAAGAG